AAUUGGUAACAAACAUCUUAACUUGAUUCCUAUAUCUCCGGAAGUCUCUUGAUUUUGUUUUUGAAUUAUUUGUGUGUUUGACCCCAUACUUCUCUGCUUUCACCUUCCGUUGUUGCAGAACACAUGAUGAAACUAAGUACCUUGUGUUGUUGAAGCCUAAGACAAAGACCAACUCAUAAGCACACAUUCCUUCAAGAAACGAUGUCAGAUCUUGAAACCAGAAACUCGAAGUCAGAGCUUCACAUCAACGUAAAGGAUGUUCCAUUUCAUCUCUGCAAAGAAACUAUAGCAAAGAGAUCAGCGAUAGUGAGCUCAUUACUGGAGAGAAACAAGAUCGAUGAGCUUCCUUGUAUCCUACAAGAUAUAGAAGCUGAUCCAGAAACCUUCAAGCUGGUUGCUAAGUUCUGCUACGGCUACAAAGUGAACCUUACGUCUGAUAACAUCAUAUCCGUUCUCUGCAUAGCCUACUACUUAGGGAUGAAAGAAGAACACAGCACUGAUAACUUGCUGGGAAAGGCAUCUAGUUUCUUGGAAACAAGAGUUCUCCCCAGCUGGAACGAGACAGUAAACGCUCUUCGUUCGGGGGAGAAGAGUCUCGACAAGCUAGCGGAUUUCGAACUCGUGGACCUCUUCUUCGACUCCCUUAUCGAAAAAGCUUCCUACGAUCCAAGACUCCUCGGCGAACCGAUCAAGAACAGAGAGGAAACAACAAGUGAGUAUAGACCUAACCCUAGGAGGAGACUGUUUGAUAACGACUGGAAGUCUGAAGAUUUGAUCACUCUCCCGCUUCGGUUUUACGAGCCUUUGAUGAUCCGAGCAAUGGAAUCACGCAGCAUUCCUGUUGAAUACAUUGUUACUUCAAUCUGCAAGUACGCGAAGAAAUGGGUUUUGGACGCGGAAGAUAGCGUGUCAGGCAAGAAAAGAGAAGUUGUUGAAGCUGUUGAGAGGCUUUUGCCUCACAAAAGAGGGCUAAUCUCAUGCGAGUUCUUGUUCAAGACGCUGAAACACUCUAUCUCGUUAGAAGCUAGCUCUGAAUGUCGAAAUGGGUUUGGGAUCAGAGUCAGCAAACAGCUCGACAUGGCUAAACCAACGGAUCUCAAGAUUCUAACGCAAGGAUACGGUGAGAAAGACAUCCAGCUCCUUAGAACCGUCGUCACUAGCUUUUACUCUAACUACACCAACGAAGAAGAAGACUCUGAAGACGUUUCUCUUUUCGUCAAAGUGGCGAAGCUCUUGGAGGAGUUUCUGUUAUUAGCUGUGAGUGAGGAUGCUUCUCUGAAGCUGGAGGCGUUUGUGGCGUUAGGAGAGAUCACGGCGGCGAUUUCGCUUGGUGUUUUGAGGUACUCAGAUGGGAUUUACAGAGCGGUUGAUGUUUUCUUGGAGAGGCAUGGAUACUUGACUGAGUCUGAGAAGAUGGAAGCUUGUAAGGUUCUUGACUGUAAGAAACUUUCUAGGCAAGGGUGUGAGGAAGCUGCGAAGAACCAGAGGCUUCCUCUUAGGGUUGUUGUUCAGGUUUUCUUUGCUUCUCAGCUUCAGAUAAGGGAUACAGUGGCGAAAGAGAUUAAGGGAGGAGAAGAGAUUGGGGUUUGGAGUGAUGAGGAUGAGAUUGAGAAGAUGACUGAGAAGCUGUUGGGGAUGGAGAUUGAGGAUCAUGAAUGUGUUGUUCAUCGAUGGAAGAAGGCGAAGAAGGUAAGUGUGUGGAGACAAGUGAAGAGGAAGUUUGGUUGCUUGAAUGCUACUUCUUCUUCUUCAGCUGAUGCUUGCACCUGUGAUGUCAAGAAGAAAAAGAAGAAGAAGAUUCAUCAUCACUACAAAUAAAUAAACAACUCGAGAUAAAAGACACUUUGUUCUGUUCUUGUUGUUGCUCUCUUUCUGACACUGGAGAAGAUGUUUUGUUUUUGUUAAUGAUUAUUUUCCCAAUUCA